UUUAGAAUUUUACACAAAUUGUAAGUUUGUAACGGGUCUCGCCGUUUCUCUCUUCAAACAUCACAAUUUCUCUCUCGAUCAAACCCGAACUCCAAACCCCAAAUCUCUCCAUCUCUUCACUGGCCUCGUGAUUCGCGCUCUGAGAUCCUCACUCUCGCUCUUUUCUUCUCUAUUGCAAGCCCUGACGAAAACCCUUUUUUCUCUAUUCCUAACCCUAGCUCACUGAGUUCACCCCCCUCCAACUCGGAAGCUGCUUCUGACUAAUCACAGGUCCUUUUAUUGACUUUCUUCAGGUUCAUUGGGACUACAGGAGCUUUAGUGGGUAAGAUGCCAAGUUCUUUGUCAUAGGUUAAAGGGUUCUGUGAAGGAUGAAUAUGCAACCGGCUGUCCAUUCCAGAUCAUCUGCCAAUGGAUUUGGCCGUCGCAGAGGCGAAAGAGAUGUGGGGACCAGGCUGGAGAACAAGUCACAGAGUGGGAAGUCAAAUUCCAAUAACAGAUUAACAUCUACUGGUGAAAUUCGCUUACAAUUUCUGUUGUUUCUUGUUAGGAUUUAUUUUCCAUUGUUAAAGAGUCUAAAUUCUAUGACAGGGAGCAAAACUGGUGGCCAUGGGAGUCCUUCGCAUGAUCGCUUAGUAUAUAUAACUACUUGUUUCGUUGGUCAGCAUGUGGAUGUCCAUGUGAAAAAUGGAUCCAUAUAUUCUGGAAUAUUUCAUGCAGCAAACGAAAAAGAUUUUGGAAUUAUAUUGAAGAUGGCUCGCUUGACAAAAGAUGGUAGCUCUCGAGGACAAAAGUCUCCUGCGGAGUCAGUUAGCAAGCCUCCUGCAAAGACAUUGAUUAUACCUUCUAAAGAACUUGUGCAAGUUAUAGCAAAGGAUGUUUCUGUUACAAGUGAGGGGUUUUUAGAUGAGGCUCAGUGUGAAAAACAGCAAGAACUUAUGAUAGAUUCUGUCAUAUCGCAAUCUCGCCAUGUUGAGUUGGAGAGAGAACUUGAGCCAUGGGUCCCUGACAAAGAUGAUCCGCAAUGCCCUGAAUUAGAGAAUAUUUUUGAUGGCCAUUGGAAUAGGGGAUGGGACCAGUUUACAGCAAAUGAAGCAUUGUUUGGAGUUAAAAGCACAUUUGAUGAGGAGCUUUACACCACAAAGCUUGAGAGAGGUCCUAAGACUCGAGAGUUGGAAAAGGAAGCUCAAAGAAUUGCAAGAGAAAUUGAGGGUGAGGACACUCGUGAUCUUCAUUUAGCAGAGGAAAGAGGCUUUCAACUCAGUGGCAAUUUAGAUAUUGAUGAGGAGACAAGAUUCUCUUCUGUCUAUCGUGGUAAGAUAGCUGAUGACAGUGGUUAUGAUGAGGACGUAUUGGUGGAUUCACAUAAUAAUGAUACCUUUGGAGAUUCCUCUACCUCUGGAAUUUAUAGUUCAGCUGACUGGAACAAAGGAAAAAGUAAUGAUGUGGCUCGAGCUUCAUCAAGUUCUUGUGCUAUGGAUCAAGCACAGUCUUUGCAUUCAAGUGUUGGUGUGGAUUUAAGCAGGUCUGGUUCCUAUGAUCAUGCUGGGCAGCUGGCAUCAGAACCACCUUUUAAAGGCUCUUCCGCUACAACCAGUGAAAGCAGGAUCUUGGAUAAUCAACUUUGCGAACAUGGAGGGAGUGUGAAAGAGUAUUCAGAAAAACAGGCUUUUAUUGAGGAGACUCAAUUGUCAAAACCUGAUGGUGAUUCAUUAUUUUCGCAGAAUGGAAAAAAAGAUUGCUCUGAUAAAGGAGGAUUAUCUCCUAAUGCCACUUCUUAUGCUCCUUCUAGUGUUCCACUGAAGGGAAAUGAGAAGACUUUUUCUCCGAGUGAAUCAGUGGAGACUGUAGCUACUGGUAAAGCACACGGGCAGGCUCAAGCUGUUAAUUCUCAUGGACGGCCUGGUAGUUCUGCAUCUUCCAGUUCAGAAUGUGCGGUUGCUGCUUCUGCUACUAGCGGUCCUGGUUUAUCACCAAGCUCGUCUAUGGGUUCAUUGUCCUCUGAAAGAUCGACACUCAAUCCCCAUGCUAAGGAAUUCAAACUCAAUCCAAAUGCAAAGAUUUUUGUACCAUCUGCGCCAAUAAGGCCUCAAUCCCCUGUGGCUGAUGGUUCCUACUAUUUUCCACCUAAUAUGUCUGGUGUACCACAAAUGUCUGGCAUGCCUGUGAGCAUUGGAAUUGGUCCCGCCUUUCCUCACCAGCAGCCGAUUAUGUAUCCCCAAGCUGGACAGCCACAAACAUAUUUUCAUCCAAAUGCACCUCAGUAUGGGCAACAGAUGCUUCUUGGUCAUCCUAGGCAAGUUUUGUACAUGCCAAACUACCAACCUGAAAUGCCAUAUAAAGGACGAGAAUAUUGACUUGUUUGUGGCGAAUCAAUUAUUGGUUUUGCAUUGGUCAACAGCUGAAGAAUAACCCACCUGGGAGUGGAGGCGUCUUGGAGGAACCUAUUUAAGGAAAGUGCCCACCGUCCCCUGAUGAUUUGACCUUUGUGUGUGUGCUAGAUCAAGUUUACCGUUUCUCCGAGAUAUAGGGUUGCCACCACCCAUCCUUUAACCCAUGCUCUCUAUGUAUUGGGGAUUUCCCAAUUUCAUAUAGUGCUAUAGUGCCCUUCACAAUGUCUCAAUGUUUUUUUUUUCUUUUUUUUUUUAUAAAUUUUAAUUUAUGGAACGUCAAAUAUUUUUUUUUGACACAUUUCUUCUUUAUGUUACUCAUUUGGGUUUUAAUGAAAAGUGAAAACAAUGAUUUGUAA